AUAUUUUUUUACAUAAUCAUCCUGAAAUAUUACAGAGCUCAUAAAAUAGGCACCACGUACUGAUAUAAGCACAUAUCACUUUUAAUUCUCAGUCAUGACACACUUAUUUUAGCUGUGUAACAUAGAUAAGUGAUAAUGAUAAGACAUUGGACACUGUAUCGUAAUAUGUACCUAUUUAGAUACGUAUAAAUACGUCGUGAUAAUUACGCAACUCGGUCUAGUAGCGUAAACCAUGGCGAACCAAAGCACUAGUAGUAAAAUCACUAUGUCGGAAGACAAUAUAAUCAAUACCCCCAAUAUAGCCAUAGAACCAACACAAAGCAUGGGUACUUUCAUGUUCACGAACAUGAAGAAACACAAAAACAACAUCGCCCAGAUAGAUGCCAAAACAGGCCAGAAAGACACAUUUGAGAAACUUCUGCAACGCUCCACCCGAACAGCCCUGCAUAUGUUAGAUAGAAAAAUAUCUCGUGGUGACGUGAUCACCCUGUGUACAAGAAACCACCUAAAUGCUGUAGUGCCCUACAUAGCAACGCAAUUUAUAGGAGCAGUUAUAGGUUCCAUCGAUCCCUCGUUCUCUCCGCAAGAAAUGAACCAUCUCUUAAACACAGUUCGACCAAAGAUAAUAUUUACACUACCAGAAUCAGUACCGAUACUCGAAAAAGUACUACAAGAAAUUUCGCUUGACGCAGAAAUUAUUGUUUUUGGCCAAAGCAACAAGCACACCGAGUUUUCUGCUUUUCUUAAACCUCAUGCUCGUGAAGAAGGGUUCGAGCCUGUGAAAAUUGAGAAUCUUCAAGAUACUGCUGUUGUACACUUCAGUAGCGGUACUACGGGCUUACCAAAAGGAAUAUGUUUAAGUCACUACGCUUUUGUUGGACAAAUGAUCAACGUAAGGCUUACUGAUUAUCCAAACGAGGCCUACAUGAAAAAAGCCGUAAAGUAUAUAUGUUUUCCUAUGACGCACCUCGGCUACACUUCUCUCUACUGGUUGUCAGCUGGCGCUAUGUUGCUGGGUUCUAUAGGUGACGGUCACUGCCGGCUUGUGUGUGAAACUUUUGACGGAAAAGAAGCCUGGAAUUAUAUCCAGAAGUACAAACCAUGUUUUGUGAUGAUGACGCCAGUUCAGGUCAUUGAAAUGCUCGCAAACAGGCGAAAAGAGGUUGACGUUCAAUGUGUUUUGAACUUUUCGGUGAUAGGAUCUAGUAUUUCAAAAGAGUACUUGCUCCAAAUUCAAGAAGCUUUUCCUAAUGCAUAUUUGGGCGCGGGCUACGGGCAAACAGAGGUUUGUGGGCCUCUGACCAUGUUGGUUCCGAACGACAAACAUCACGCGGAACUGCGUGCAAACCCUGAGAAAAUUGAAACUGUUGGUGUUCCCGUUCGAGGAACUUCGUACAAGGUUGUGGAUACCGCUACUGGGAAAACCGUAGGUUUCAAGCAACGUGGGGAGCUUCGAAUCAAAUCUAAAUUUAUUAUGAAUGGGUACUACAAUAGAGAUUCUUCGGAUACUUUCGAUUUAGAUGGAUGGUUGAAGACUGGCGACAUUGUGUAUUAUGAUGAAGAUUUUUGCUUUUAUGUGAUAGACAGGAUUAAAGAGGCUUUCAAGUAUCAGGGGUGGUUUAUUGCACCUGCUUUACUUGAAAAUGAGUUGUUGAAUCAUCCUGCUGUGAAAAUAGCUGUCGUUGUUGGCAUUCCCAGAGACGAUGGUCACCAUCCCAUGGGUUUGGUGGUACUAAACGACGGUUUUAGAGUUAGCGAGGAAGAAAUCGAGAAGUUUAUUGAGGAGAGAGUUCCAGAGAGGCAACGGUUGCGAGCUGGAGUUAAAUUCAUUGAUUCGGUACCUUUGACAGUGACGGGGAAAGUAAUGAGACGGGAAUUGAAGCAAAUGGUUUUAGAAGGAAAAAUAUAAAUAAAUAACUGAAAAAAUACAAGGAAUUUUCGACUUUUCACACAGGUCUGUAACAAUAUUCUUAAUAGAUGACAACUUUCAAAGCCAAAGUUAUCGAGUCGCAUCCAACAGUUUUCAUCUGAAUCUACCAAAUGAGGAAUUUUAACAGGUUUCUUGUAAAUACACUGUUGACAAAAUAAAAAAGAAUAUUUUCAGUCGUAAA